AACCCGGGGCAGAGCAGCGGCAUGGAAGCCGAGGACCUGCAGGAGGACCUGACCUGCUCCAUCUGCCUGGACUAUUUCGAGGACCCGGUGUCCAUCGAGUGCGGCCACAACUUCUGCCGCGGCUGCCUGCAUCGCAGCUGGGGGCCGGGCGGCGGCUCGUUCCCCUGCCCCGAGUGCCGGCAGCCUUCGCUGCCCGCCGCGAUGCGGCCCAACUGGGCCCUGGCGCGGCUGACGGAGAGGACGCGGCGCCGGCCGCAGGGCCCCGUGCCCCCCGGCCAGUGCGGCCGCCACCGGGAAGCGCUGCGGCUCUUCUGCGAGGAGGACCAGCGGCCCGUGUGCUUGGUGUGCAGAGAGUCCCGGGAGCACCAGACGCACACCAUGGCGCCCAUCGACGAGGCCUUCUGCAGCUACCGGGAAAAGCUUCUUAAGACUCAGUCUAGUCUGAAGGACAAGAUGAAGAAAGCCAUAUAUUUUCAGGACAUGGAAAUGAAGAAUGCUACCAAGUGGAAGGAGAAGAUGAAGAAUCAGCGAAUGACGAUCAGCGCAGAGUUUGCAAAACUGCACCACUUCUUGGCAGAAGAAGAGCAGCUGUUUCUUCAGAGACUGAGCAAAGAAGAAGAAGAGACAAAGAAGAAACAGAAUGAGAACACAUUAAAGCUCCAUCAGAAAAUCACUUCCUUGAAGCAGCUCAUCUUAGAGGUCAGGGAGAAGAGUGAGAGCUCCACCCUGGAGCUGCUUCAGAAUCCAAAAGAUGUGUUGACCAGGAGUGAGAACCAGGAUGUGAGCUAUUCCCUUGAAGUUCUAACGGUGAAGACUGUGUGCCAGAUACCAAUGAUGAAGGAAAUGCUGAAGCGAUUCCAAGUGGCUGUAAGUGUAGCUGAAGACACGGCUCAUCCCAAGCUUGUCUUCUCCCAGGAUGGGAGAUACGUGAAAAAUGGAGCAUCGGCCAGUUCUUGGCCGUUGUUUUCUUCAGCAUGGAGCUACAUCAGCGGAUGGAGGAACCCUCGGAGGAUCGCACAGUUUGUGGGAAGAUUUCAGCACUUACCCUGUGUUUUGGGAAAAAAUGUUUUCACUUCAGGGAAACAUUACUGGGAAGUUGAGACCCGGGAUAACCUGGAGAUUGCCGUCGGGGUGUGUCGGGAGGACGUCAUGGGGCUUGCUAAUGCUUCAGAAAUGGGCCCCCGUGUGGGCAUCUGGGCUAUCUGUUGGGGUUCCGCUGGCUAUCGGCCCCUGAAAAGCUCUUCUGUAAGUCCUACCAAGCAAGAGCCUGCUCUUAACCGGGUGGGAGUUUUCCUCGAUUCUGGGGCUGGGAACAUCUCCUUCUAUAGCGCUGUGGAUGGCACGCAUCUACACACCUUCUCUUGUCCUCUUGUCUCCCACCUCCGGCCAUUUUUUUGGUUGAGUCCAUUAGCAUCUUUAGUCAUCCCGGCAGUGACUGGUGGGAAAUGAGGCUGUUCCUCCCCUGCCCGAGAACCUCUCCCUGUACCCCAGCGCAGGGACGUGCAUCCCUCGGCCCUCUUCUCUCUUCAUACAUACUGGUCCAGGCGGCACGUCCGUACCGUCCAUUCGCUCAGCUCCCUGCGCGUGCUGUGCGCACACAGGGAUGGUGGACCCAUUGGUUGCCUUUCCAGCAGCCACUUGCUGCAUUUCCCUCCUCCUCUUCUGGUUCUUCUGACGGAACUGUCGGGGGAGCACCAUCCUUGGGCUUCAGGAGAAGCAGCCCCACGUGAGGCAGUGCUGGCCAGUGAGCUGGGAGGAGACAUUUUCUAAGGCGCUUCUGGGGAAAGAUUCUGUAGCUUUAAGAAAGAGGUGUUUGAGGAGACACAGCCCCUCUUCUGAUGUCAGCAGCUGUCUCAGAACUGAGGAGAGCACAGUGACAGUGCACAGGAAGAAGAAACAUGGUCUUCACUGGCAUCGCUGGGCUCUUGGAAUUUCCUUAAUCUGACAUUCCUUAUUAUAGGAGAUGACUGCUCCCUUAUUGUAUAAGGCAAUUCAGGUUGCCUUUUGGUAUAGGAUUGCCUCACUUUCCCUGAAAUUGGACAGCUUUGUAGACUCUGUUUCUGUGCAGUCAUGUAAUUCCUCUUCUCUCCAGGAAGUACUGAGACCUCUCACUUUUCUGGAUCAGAAAGUUAAGGAAAUCUUCCCUUACUCUGCGCUGUGACUCUUCUUCACCUGACCAUGUCUGUGCCCUCAAGUGUGCAUUUUGUUACCCAUCUGUCAGAUUCUUACGUUGUUUAUGCAGGCUGUUAACAUCACACCUAAAACGUUGGGACACACUUGCUGAGUAUUCAGACUGUGCUGCUGGCCUCUUUGGUAACGCUCUUUGACUCCUGCAGAAGUUCGGUGUGGGAGAGGGAAAUUAAAAUCCUCUUUCUACAAGGAAGACAAUAAACUGUGAGACAAUAAACUUCUGUUAUGUCAAGCCA